UCCUCUCACGUACUUACACUUUUAAUCUGGCCAUCUCUUCAAAAUUUCCUCUCCAAAAAAAAAAUUUCAACGGCCGACCGGUGCUGACGUAUCAGAGACGCUUCCUUCCUCAUUUCUCUCAUCUCCUUGAAUCAGAUCUCACUCCUCUUUCCUGAUCUUGGUUUACUAUUAUUUUUUUGGUGAUCUUUUGAUUUUCAAUGGCUGCUCCACCUGCAAGAGCUCGAGCCGAUUACGAUUACCUCAUAAAGCUUCUCCUGAUCGGCGACAGUGGUGUGGGUAAGAGUUGCCUUCUUCUGCGAUUCUCAGAUGGUUCAUUUACUACCAGUUUCAUUACUACCAUUGGCAUUGAUUUUAAGAUAAGGACCAUAGAGCUUGAUGGGAAACGAAUCAAACUGCAAAUUUGGGAUACUGCUGGUCAGGAGAGAUUUCGAACAAUUACAACUGCUUACUACCGUGGAGCGAUGGGUAUUUUGCUUGUAUAUGAUGUCACUGAUGAGUCGUCUUUCAACAAUAUUAGGAAUUGGAUUCGUAACAUUGAACAGCAUGCUUCUGACAAUGUCAACAAGAUUCUGGUGGGAAACAAGGCUGAUAUGGAUGAAAGCAAAAGGGCUGUUCCUACCUCAAGGGGCCAGGCUCUUGCUGAUGAAUACGGGAUCAAAUUCUUUGAGACUAGUGCAAAGACAAACUUGAAUGUGGAGGAAGUGUUCUUUUCAAUUGCUAGGGAUAUCAAGCAAAGACUUGCAGAUACUGACGCCAGAGCUGAGCCCCAGACGAUCAAAAUUAACCAGCCGGACCAAGGGGCUGGGGCUGCUCAAGCUGCUCAAAAAUCAGCAUGCUGCGGUUCUUAAAGGAGCCAGGUGUUUUGAAGAUGGGAUGGAAGGGUAUGUCUCAAGGCAACCAGAAACUGAUUUUUUUACGACUUAUAUCGUUGGCGUUUGUAUUCUCCUAUCAUUAUUUUACACUUUUUGGUAUGAAAGAUUUUCGUAUUUUGUGAAAUCAAUUAUAUUAGAAUAUUUUUCCUGAAAAAUUUGUGAAUUCAAUUAUGAGUUAGAUUAUUAUUGUUGAUGAAAAUUUAUUUAGUUUCUCCA